GAGGGGGUCACAACAGAAAAUUAACCCCCUUUUCACCCACGCCUGACAGCACUUUAAUACCAGCCUUUAAAUUCGAUGAUGAGAACUUUUCUGUCUUAAAACACAGAUCUGAUAACUAGAAGAGGAUCAAGAUGGAGUUUAAAAAAGAGGAAUUCAAGAAAUUAGCUGGGAAUACUUUGGGAAAGUUACACAGGAUAUUAGAGAAGAGGCAGCCAAAUGGAGAAACCAUUGAACUUACGGAAGAAGGCCAGCCAGUGGCCAAAGUCGAGAAAAGCCAACCUGUUGUGGACUGUACCUGUUUUGGGCUACCCCGUCGUUAUAUCAUCGCUAUCAUGAGUGGCUUAGGUUUCUGCAUUUCAUUCGGCAUCAGAUGCAACCUUGGUGUGGCCAUUGUCAGUAUGGUGAACAAUAACACGGUCUACAAAGGGAACAAACUUGUUAUGGAGCAAGCAAAGUUCAGCUGGGAUCCUGAAACAGUUGGCAUGAUACACGGAUCGUUCUUCUGGGGCUACAUUGUCACGCAGAUUCCUGGAGGUUAUAUAUGUCAGAAAUUUGCAGCUAACAGAGUCUUCGGAUUUGCCAUUGUGGCAACUUCGACGUUAAACAUGCUGAUUCCGUCUGCGGCAAAAGUUCACUACGGGUGUGUUAUAUUUGUGAGGAUCCUGCAAGGACUAGUAGAGGGGGUAACAUAUCCUGCGUGCCACGGCAUCUGGAGUAAGUGGGCACCACCCUUGGAGCGCAGCAGACUGGCCACCACUGCAUUCUGCGGUUCUUAUGCUGGAGCGGUGGUAGCGAUGCCCUUGGCUGGAGUAUUAGUACAGUACUCGGGGUGGAGCUCUGUGUUCUAUGUGUACGGGAGCUUCGGCAUCACGUGGUACAUGUUCUGGAUUCUUGUAUCUUAUGAAAGCCCAGCACAACAUCCUACCAUAUCGGAGGAGGAACGGAAAUAUAUCGAGGAGAGCAUUGGCGAAAGUAUGGGCUUCAUGAACCCACUGGCGAAAUUCAAGGCCCCGUGGAGGAAGUUCUUCACCUCUAUGCCUGUCUACGCCAUCAUUGUUGCAAAUUUUUGCCGUAGUUGGACCUUCUAUCUCCUGCUCAUCAGUCAGCCUGCUUACUUUGAAGAAGUGUUUGGUUUUGAAAUCAGUAAGGUUGGACUUCUAUCAGCCUUACCACACUUGGUUAUGACUAUUGUGGUGCCCAUCGGAGGACAAAUUGCUGAUUUUCUACGCAGCAAGAGAAUUAUGUCUACAACCAACGUGCGAAAGAUGAUGAACUGUGGUGGUUUUGGAAUGGAGGCAACUCUUCUGUUAGUUGUAGGCUAUUCCCAUACAAGAGGGGUGGCUAUCUCGUUUCUUGUUUUGGCUGUAGGAUUUAGUGGCUUUGCUAUAUCAGGUUUUAAUGUGAACCACUUAGACAUUGCCCCUCGCUACGCCAGUAUUCUCAUGGGUAUCUCCAAUGGUGUAGGAACAUUAUCAGGGAUGGUCUGUCCCUUGAUCGUGGGAGCCAUGACAAAGCACAAGACCCGGGAGGAGUGGCAAUACGUAUUCCUUAUUGCUUCCCUUGUUCACUAUGGUGGGGUUAUUUUCUAUGGACUAUUUGCCUCGGGAGAAAAGCAGCCAUGGGCAGAACCAGAGGAAAUACAUGAAGAAAAAUGUGGAUUCAUCCACGAAGAUGAAUUAGCCGAGGAAAGUGAAGAACAACCCCAGAGUUAUGGCGGCUAUGGCAGCUACGGCGCCACCAAGAGCACAAGCUUUGCCAAUGGCGGAUGGGCAGCCGAUUGGGAGAAAAAAGAAGAGUUUAUUCAGGACCAAGGCAAAGAUCCCUAUUUAUAUGGGACAGCUACCGAAAGGGACUUAUCUUGAACAUGAAAAACAAAAAUAUGAAUAUAAAAAUAGUAAUGUCUCAACUACAACCUUGAGACAAGCAAUGGAAUGAGAGGCGACUGAUGUUGUCAAAUCACCCACGUUAAAUCACAUGAUCACAGUGGCUUCCUUUCUGUUCAUUAAAUAUAUAUUUAUUAUAUGUCUGGGGAAAAAAGGCCGUGCCUUUUGAGUGCCCCACCAUCUCCCCCCCCUAAAAAAUGAAUUCCCCCAAAAUUGUGGUGUCCAAGGGCCCAUUCUGUUUCUGGUAUCAGUUAUUUGCUUGUUACUUGUGUAGAUGCCACGGGGCAUGUGUGUUCUAAAGUCUAUCACUUCUAUAGGUGUGUAAGCAAUAACAAACGGAAAAAAAGGUGCAUUUUAUCGGAGUUAGAUUAAUGUACGUUACAAUGCGAAUGCUCGAACUUGUAUCGGAAACAGGAAUAUGUGACUUUGCCAUGAUUGCGAUUACCGUAAAAACCUAAUUGGUCACACGACCGCUUCUCAAAUUCCUUCAUUCUUCUACUUAUUUUCUAAAAUGACGUAAAAGACAUAGUAUAAUAUAGAUCGAUAUAGAGUGUUACUUCCCUAGGGAGUAAUAUGGAACUCCAAAAUAUCUCCAUGUAAGUGAACGAGGUCUAACGGACAUCCAGGGUAUCCUAGAACGAUACUGUGGUAUAGGUCCUUUCUGUAGGCGCUCGAUAAAAAAAAUAAUUCCCCAUUGUGGACUGUGUUGUCUUUCUCAAGUCUUCAAGUUUGUUUAGUAAUUGGUCUUUUUGGUGAAACGCCAUUAGUGUAUGGUUGUAUGAGUGAGUAAGGUCAUUGCAUGCAACAUCGUACCUUGGACCGGUGGCAAUUAAGAAGAAAAAUCUAAAGAAUUCAAUCACUAUCUUCUAGAUUUUCAUCAUUCCAGCACCUAUUUUUUAAUACCGAAGCCAAAAGCCCCCCCUCCCCCCGAUGUUCAGAGUUUGAUAAGUGCAUUACAGUUCAGUUUCUUGCGUGGCCUCAUUGUAUUUUGCAGUAAACUUGUUAUAGAUGUCCCCCCAACAAUCAUUUGUUUCCAUUAUUAUUGAAUAUCAGCAGCAAUUAGGAAUCUUUAUGCCAAAAGCCCUUUCUGGACUUUUUAGACCUUAUCCAAAGAUGACAGCUGGGCAAGGCCGUUGGUUUCUCGGUGGAAGCAUUACCUCCAGCAUUGAAGGAGCUGCUAUAUGUAGAGUGUUUGAGUGCAAUAAAAAUGAAGAAUUGAUAUUGCCUACAUUUCAGCGGAAUUCCAAUUCUUCUGGAUAUAGGUUUUAUUGGUCUGUUUUGCGGUUACCAGCCAAACCCAACGCAUUCUAUACAUCUAGCUGUACAAAACAAAACCUGCGUGUGGAUAGGUUUUCUGGGAAGGGUGAUGGUAAUGGAGAUAUAAUGAAUAAAUCUUGGAAGCGUGCAGUAAUUGUACAUAAUAAUAAAUUAUAUUAUAAUUCA